AUGCGCGUUUCCCACAGCAAUGAAUCUGUGGACGUGGUCGUCGCAUCUCGAUGUGGUUGGUGCGAACGAUGCACCAGCGACGAUCAUCAUUGGCACCAGCACCAGCACCAGCCUCAGUAUCAGCAUCAGCAUCGGAUCAGCGCAUCGAUGAGCAAUCUGCAAACGGUUUGUUCGUGUGACUGUAAGGUCGCUGUAUCGGAAACUCGGAAACUCGGAGGUCAGUGGUGCGACGGGCCGUCAGAUGACGAUCGGACGACAUGGCGACUACCAGACCCGGAGAAGCUAUCGAAGAGUCAUGGCCGCGGAGAUGACAGCGCAGGUAAAGGCUUCACGCGGUCACUCGGAAGGUACGCGAGGAAACUGAAAUCGCAGCUGUUGCGAGCCGCCAACGCCACUGCCGGAAGGGAUUCGUUUCGCAGCCUUUCUGCACUGCCGAGCACUGAUAUUGACGGCCAGACGGCAACUGCCAAUCGGUUGCCGGUGCCAGUGCCGGUGCCCGUGCCGGUGCCCGUGGCCGUGGCCGUGCCUAUGGCCGUGCCCAUGGCCGUUGCGCAGCCCGCAGCACCAACGACGGCGACUGCACAGCCAGCGAUAUUAUACCAGCCAGUGAGGGUACCGGCGAGUAGUGCCUCGUCGCCAAACGGACAUGAAGCGAUGACCUUUGACCAUGCUGACCGUCCUCAGCGACCUGCCGCGGACAUCAUUGGCGGCAAGACGAAGAUCACAUGUCGCGCGACGGCCGGCAUGACCACCGUGCAACGUUUGAAGUGCUGGAAAGCAAGACUUCCCAUGAUGCGCAAACAACGGCCGGACAAAAAAGGUCAGUUUUUCAGCGCCCAGCAAGAAACCGCCUCCUCAACCACUUGUCGCGCAUCGACCACCACUUGCAGCGCCGUCGCAGUAGGUACGGUUGUUUUCAGCUUUCAAGAAAUUCUCUGA